AUGAGGAUAACCCACCGGCUCUUGAUGGCUACGGCUAGAAAAACAAGGCAAGGCCUUCGACCCGAGCCAAUGGCUUUACUGCCACCCAUACCGCUGUAUAGAAGGCUUCUACGAGCGCAUCGGAAGCAUUUGCCCACCGAGAUGCGAUUAUUAGGCGAUGAGUACAUCAAGAGCGAGUUCAGAGCUCAUAGGGAUGUGGAAAAUCCCGUGCACAUUGUUGGGUUCUUGACUGAGUGGCAGCUUUAUGCCCAGAAGUUAGAGGGAAAUUCGUGGGUUGGAGAACGUAUGGAUCCUGGGAAAAUCGAGAAGAUGAGCGAUCAACAAAUUGCACAGAUGUACGAACUCAUGCAAGCGAUACAGAAGAGACAGCUCGACGAUGGCGAAUCGGAGUAG